GAAUAUAUACCAGCAGCUCAGGAACCAGCUUUCUUGAUCUGCUUCAUUUUUUUAUCUUCCAUUUCUGAAAACUAUUUAAAUCCCUUCUUGUUUUCAUUUAUUUAAUUCGGUUACUACAGUAAAGACCAAGAAAAAUGGAAGAAAAAAGCUUGUUUUCUCCUUACAAGAUGGGAAAAUUCAACCUCUCUCACAGGGUUGUGCUGGCGCCAAUGACGAGAUGCAGAGCGUUGAAUGGAGUACCGAACGCUGCUUUGACGGAGUAUUAUGCUCAGAGGUCAACUCCCGGUGGCUUUCUCAUCACUGAAGGCACUAUUGUUUCCCCUUCUGCCCCUGGGUUUCCUCACGUGCCUGGGAUUUAUACAGAAGAACAAGUAGAGGCAUGGAAGAAGGUGGUGGAUGCAGUCCACGCCAAAGGAAGCAUCAUUUUCUGUCAACUGUGGCAUGUUGGCCGCGCAUCUCAUCAAAUUUAUCAACGUGGUGGAGUUGCACCCAUAUCAUCAACAAGUAAGCCUAUCUCGAACAGGUGGAGAAUUCUGAUGCCAGAUGGGAGUUAUGGGAAGUAUCCAACACCAAAGCCCUUGGAAACCUAUGAGAUAAAAGAGGUUGUGGAGACGUACCGCCAGGCAGCCUUAAAUGCCAUUCGAGCUGGUUUUGAUGGAAUUGAAAUCCAUGGGGCCCAUGGUUAUCUUAUUGAUCAAUUCUUGAAGAAUGGAAUCAAUGACCGAACUGACGAGUACGGUGGAUCAAUCGAAAACAGGUGCAGAUUUGCAAUGGAGGUGAUUCAAGCAGUAGUUUCAGCCAUCGGUGCUGACCGAGUUGGUUUCAGAAUGUCACCAGCAAUCGAUCACCUUGAUGCCAUGGAUUCUGAUCCACUCAGCUUGGGUCUUGCAGUGAUUGAGAGACUUAACAAACUCCAACUAACCCUUAAUUCAAAACUCACUUAUCUUCAUGUGACUCAGCCUCGCUACACUGCUUAUGGCCAAACAGAAUCCGGCAGACACGGAACUGAAGAUGAGGAGGCUCGAUUAAUGAGAACUUGGAGAAACGCUUAUCAGGGAACAUUUGUUUGCAGCGGCGGAUUCACGAGGGAGCUCGGAAUUGAAGCAGUAGCUGAAGGCAAUGCUGAUUUGGUAUCAUAUGGCAGACUUUUUAUUUCAAACCCAGACUUGGUCUCGAGAUUGAAGCUAAACACACCAUUGAAUAAGUAUAUCAGGAAAACUUUCUACACCCAAGAUCCUGUUGUUGGGUACACCGACUACCCGUUCUUGAACGGGAGUCAAGAUCCCCUGUCGCGCCUUUGAAUGGGAAGCCAUUGUGAUUAAUAUAUAAUUGUUUCAGCAUCUUAUAUGUUUCCUAGAACAUUUGAGUAUGAAGAAAAAUAAAUCUUUGGUUGAUAGUAGAAGUAGAGAUUACUUGCAUUUCAAGUAAUAAGUUGCUUAA